ACGAACGGCACGCACACUCCGGGAGUCCGGGAGUCCGGGGAGGAUUGCCGGCAGGCCCCGAACAUACUAACUACUCACUGGUGGUAUUCAUACCUUGCAGCUACGUACUACUGACUGUACAGUAUACUGAGCCUCCCCAGGAGGAUAUCUCGUACGAGCUGGGCUCGGCAUGGUGAUGUGCUCCACGUCUGCAGGAGCCACAGGGUCACGGGACUGGGCGUCUCAAAAGAACAAUCCACCCGACGUUUCGAAUGGUUACAGAGGACAUGAUUCAUUGCCUCCGCCGGAGGCCUUAUUGCGGCUCGAUGGACAGUAUAUGUGCGGUUAAAAUUGGCCCCGAUUGCUGUUGACAUGCGCCUCGUACGCCGUCAAACAAUCGACGCUUGAGCUGUUGAGGUGCACAGACAGACCAGACCGUUGAGCCACCAACGAACGUUAGUGACCCCGUCGGGCGCCUGCCAAUCUCGCAGGCUCUCAAUCAACACCAUGGGCCAGUUCCCCGCGGCAAACUCCCGCACACACCUGCCCAACCGCAUAUGUUUAAGGCAUCGCCGAGUCCGACAGGGCAUUUUCAUUGCCAGAGCCAACUCUUUCUGCGUAUUGGUCGUCUGGCGCGGCGAACGAUGCAGCAGACGCCCCAGCAUCAGCAGCGGCAGCAGCGGCAACCGCAACAGCAGCAGCAUCAUGGCCUCCUCGCGCCCGCGGCCACCGCGACGGGCGGGCAAGCGGAACGCCCGUACCGGUCCCACCUGCGUCCGGCUUGCGUGCCUUGCCGUCGGCGCAAGUCACGGUGCCAGACCGAGGCCGGGUCCGACAUGUGCGUGACCUGCCGGGCUCACCGCACCGAGUGCUACUUCCCGGACAGCCCGCGAUCCCACCAGACGGGCGCCGGGGCGGCCAACCGCCGUAUCCGUCGGACGGCAAAUCCCAGGCCGUCGAGCACCCCGACCCCGGCGAGGGUGGCGGCCAUGGUGGCGGCCAGAGACUCGAACUCGGCCCGGACAGGAGCAGCAGCGACGGCCGCCGCCGCCGACGCUCCCCGGUCCUCAAGGGCAACAACGGGGAACAACACGAUGCCCGUCGGGACAGUGUUUGUCAAGCCGGCGCAGCAUAGGCUCAUGACCCCGGGCCAUGGCACCUUGCCCAAUACCGCGGCCUCGAUGCCAGGCCUGCCGAUCCCCCGGACCGUAAACAGCGAAGAGACUCCCGUUCCACUGGGCUCCUCCACAGACGAUGUCAAAUUCAACCUGCACAUUGUUGGGCCCACCGACACGAAUGACAGCCAGUUCCUGUGCGAGUACCUGGCCACCAUUCCCGAGGCCAUGCGAAGCACUCGCAUGGUGGUCCCCCAGUCUGCCGGUCGGUCACGGCCGGUCCUCUUUACUAUGGUCCAAAAGCGCCCUGUGGGCAUCAAGUUGAACCGAAGUCCGUCCGCAGAGAAGCUCGAGAUGAUUGAGAAACUACUGGAGCCUUGCCUGAUGGCCCUUAUCAACGAGUUCUUUGCCAAGGCCAACGACUGCCUGCCUUUGUUGGACGAAGAUUCAUUCCGUCAUCAGUAUCAGGAGGGCAAGGAUCGCGUCUCUCCCGCAUUACUGGCCUGUCUGUACGCCAAUGCCAUCGUGUAUUGGAAGCACUCUGCGGUACUUUCGCAACGCAGAUGUCCAGACAGCCGGUACGUGUGGAAUCUGGCGAACGAGGCCCUUUACUCGGAACUCCACUUGUCGCCGGGUAUGCCCAUAAUCAAGGCCAUUCUGCUCAACAUCGGAGGCCGACCCACCACCUCUCUCAUAGGAAACGGGGUGCUACUUGGAUCUGCAGUAUCCAUGGCUCAUUCGCUUGGCUUAAACCACAACCCUCUGCCGUGGAGCAUUCCGCGGACAGAGAAGAACCUUCGCAUGAAGCUUUGGUGGGCUCUUCUGAUCCAUGAUAGGUGGAUAAGCUUAGCACACGGCACGCCCCCGCGAAUUUCUCGCGACCAGCACGAUGUCCCGGUGCCGCUGAUGGAACAUCUCUGCGAUGCAGGUGCCGCGGAUAGACGCGUGCAGGCGGCGACGGUCUUUAUGGCACUCUAUGGCCUCACGGACGUGCUAGACCGCCAUCUGCAGCAUGUCUACUGCGCAGGGCGGGACUCGUCGUGGGAUACGUCCAAACUCGAGCUCGCGCUCAACAGCUGGGUCGAGUCACUGACAGGGAGCACGCGACUAAUUAUACUGCGCGGAUCGCACCUGGACAUUGCGGGCGCGACUAAUUUGCGUCUGGCGUAUCUUACGACGCGGCUCCUCCUGCAGCGCAUCCAGCUGGAGUCGGACAAGCAGUCGUACAGCGCCGACAACCAGCACCUCCUGAACCGCUACAUACAGGCGCGGCGGACAUCGGAGGAGAUAUUGCUUCUAGUCCAGGAGCUGCAGCCGCAGCACCUCGGCGACUUUUGGAUGUCGGUCAGCGCCUUUUCGUUCCCCGCGACGGUCAACUUCCUUCUGCGCUGUGCUCUCGAGUCGGAGAGCUCGCUGGCAGGCCUGGCGCAGAGCACGUCGUUCCAUAUCGCCAAGGAUCUGGUCGCGACGCUGCAGAAUCACCGGGACAAGCAUGCAUGGGACUUGGCGGAUGUGUGUCUGGCGCAGCACGCCGAGGUAGUGGGCAAGAUGUUGCAUGGCAUAGCGCCGGACGAGCCCGGGGGCCGAAGCAGCGGCAGCCUCGACGACUGGCCGACGCCUGAUGCGUCGCUGAUUGACCAGAUCUUUCCUAGCCUCUGGGAUUCUAUGCAGAAUGUCUGGUAGUAAAUGGGAACAACUAAGAAAGAAAAAGGCGAUACUGGCAUUGUGCCUCGUGCGUCGCCGUGGAAGAAAAAGCGUGACUCAACG